CUUCCAGUCAUCCAGUGAGUCCAGAAGAGAGAAGAAAAAUGAAAAGGCUGAAAAGCCCUUUCUCGCAUGGUCGGAGCACUGUAAACGAAGCCUGAUCACCGGUGAAGCAGUAAAGGCGGAGAGCUCAGUAGCCGCCUCCCCUAUAUCGGAAUGAUGAUGGAGGAUAGCGAGAUAGUGGAGGCGGUCGCCAUGGAGGAAGACUUGCUGCUGCUCAAGAACGGAAAGUCAGCCUACGAUAGGCUCCGCGAAAGCAAAGCUUCAGUUGAGGAGAUCGUCUCCCAGAUUCUCUCCGUCAAAAAGGACGGCAACUCUAAAUCCCAGCUACGAGGGCUCGUUACCCAGACGUUUCUCCAUUUCGUCACCCUCCGACAGUAUCCUGACAUUGACCUCGUCCCUGAAGAAGAAUUCUUCCGUGAUGCGCCUGAAGAUAUCAAGAGUUCCGUCUUGUCCAGCGAUGGAUCCCACAAUUUGAUGCUCAAAAGGCUCAACUACGAGCUGCACCAGCGGAAGGAGCUCUGCAAGCUUCGGGAGAAAUUGGAGUUACAGAAGAAAAGUCUAGCGGAAAUGAUUGCUAAUAGGAAGAAAUUCUUGUCAAGUGCACCUGCCAAUGUGGAGACUUUGAGGAUUGACAAUGACGUACCUGAUGAUGAAGAUAAUGCCCAAAGAAGGAGAAAACGACCAAAAAGGGCGCCGAGUAAGGAGAAUCCUGACCAGGCAGGGAUUCAUCAAGUUCACCCGCUUAAGCUCAUUCUUCAUGUACUUGAUGAUGAGCCUUCUGAUCCGAAGUCCGCAAAGCUCAUUUCUUUGAAGUUUGAAUACUUGUUAAAGCUAAAUGUUGUAUGUGUUGGAUUAGAAGGUUCACAUGAGGGAGCUGAAAACAGCAUUCUAUGCAACUUAUUCCCUGAUGAUACUGGGAGUGAACUUCCCCACCAGUCUGCUAAGCUCACUACCGGCAGUAGUCUUUCCUUCGAUGAAAAGAAGCCUUCUCGUCCAUAUAAGUGGGCCCAACAUUUGGCAGGAAUUGAUUUCUUGCCAGAGAUUGCACCGUUACUUGGUAGUCAUGAAACUUCAAGUGACGAAACGUCUAAAACUGAUGUUGUAUCUGGGUUAUCAUUAUAUCGACAACAGAAUCGGGUGCAGACGAUUGUCCAAAGAAUCCGCUCUCGGAAAAGGGCUCAGCUGGCUCUUGCGCAGCAGCUUGAUUCACUUAUGAAGCUAAAGUGGCCGUCUCUGAGUUGUGAAAGCGUUCCAUGGGCUCUACAUACUUCUUUAUGCAGUUUGGAUGGUUGGUCAUCAAUAGGACCCCCACCUAAUCAUCUCUCUUUGCAUACAGAGCACGUUGAGGAAUCCAUGAAUAUUGACACGGAUGGACAAACCGGUACUUCAAAGGAAGGGUCGGAAGAUCUGAGGGAAGAUGGGGAGCUCCCAUCUUUGCUUCAAGCUGGUUCUAUAAUGGCAAACAAUGUGAAGCAGCUUACUUCUACUCCCAAAGUAUCAUCCAGUGCAGAGCGUUCUAGGCAGCUGAGUUUGAUCUCGAAGACUGUAGUCUCCCCGUUUAGCAAGGGGAAAUCACAUAGCUUUAAUAAAUACGCUGAGGAUAUAGAUCCGACUUUUUUGGAUUUCGAUAGUGAUCAUGACGAGCUACCCUCUAAUGAGCACGAUACUGAAGGAUUGGUUCCCGUUCAGCGCCUUGAUUUGUCCUUGGAUUCUUGGGUUUAUUUUGGUGCUAAAGAGUACUCCCUUAUCUUGGUAAGAGCAGUGGGUGAAGGCAGAAAUGUGAAGUUAAAAGCAAAGAUUGAGAUCAGCAUGGAGUACCCUCUUAGGCCACCUUUGUUCUCUGUGGACCUACUUAAUUCAGAAGGAAGCCAAGAUGGAGGUGACAAUGGCUCUCGAUGGUACAACGAACUUCGUGGGAUAGAAGCAGAGGUCAACCUCAAUAUACUGAAGCUUGUACCAAGUGAUGAAGAAAACAACAUCUUAGCCCAUCAAGUUCACCGUCUUGCUAUGUUGUUCGACUAUCUGAUGGAUGAUGAAGCAUCAUCACCAAGUCAAAAGAAUACCCAUGUGGUUGAUUUCAGUCUGUCUAAGCCGGCCAGCGGUACGAUUCUGGCCAGGUCACAUAGGGGAAGGGACAGGAGGAAGAUGAUAUCCUGGAAGGACAUGGAUUCCAAAUCUGGCAACUUGUAGACGGAAUCCAGGCUCCCCACUUUCAGUUUUAUGUAUGUUCUCCUUUCCAUUUGUAUUCAGCAAAUGGUGUUUUCGUUAUCAAUGUAAUUAAGCUCCACAAUUAUAUAUUGUUGGCUGAUAGUAAAUCUGAUCACUCAACAUGUGAUAUGGAUAGAAGAAGCAGAACUUGGAUGAAACAAAGAACAUUUUUUUUCUUUCUAUUUCACUGAUUCGACUAUGAAGAUUUGAUAUAUAGGGAUGAUAAUAUAACAUUGACAAGGAUAAAGGG